AUGGAAAACCUCCAGGAACCAUCCCUUCUAGAGUAUGCCCGAUUCUACGGUAUUGCCCGUGAUUUCACGGCAUUCGAUCCCCUCACAUACAUCGGCGAGGCCACAACUGAAACACCAUUACCCCAGGAUACUCUAUCGGAAUUUCAAGAUCAUAUCUACGAGACACAGAGAAACGUCGAAGAUAGUCUUCGCAAAGAAAAGCUCCAUGUCAGAAAAGAAAGCGCUCGCCUGCUGGCAUCGGCGAUUCAAGAUGCGAGAGCAGAAAAAAUAGACAUAAAUUGGGAUGAGCUUCUACCUGGAUUUAGUCGGGCUGAUGAGCUCAAGGUGCAACUUCCGAUCUUUCACGAGGACAGCAUCAAGGAAAUGUUGCAGUACACAAGUCCGCUGCGUUACGAUGAAAGCAUGGUUGAAAUCUGGCCUCACGACGAAUCGUGCCUGAAACUUAAGGACGAGGAAAUCAUUGCUGACCUUUUAACCAAGGCUGACCAGGUUCGGAAGGAUAUUAUGCCAGAGAAGUUAAAGUGCAGUAGAGAGUCAAUGUGGUUGAUACAAAAAGCCAGAGACUGUGGAAGUCUUGCCUUCACAGAUCUAGAAGGUCUUUUGGAUGACAUAAUGAUUUCCGGUCAGGUAUGA